ACCAUCAUCAGUAAUAAUAAUAAUAGCUAUUUUUGCUAUAACGUUUUUCCCAUAGUGGCCCAAAGUGCUUUACAGCAUAUUAUUACCCCGCGGUCAUAGGAUCAUUGCAUACCCGCAUACAUUAUAUGCAGCUUCUCCACUCCCUGUGGAGCAUUCCAACAAGAGUUCCAAGACUCGAUGGCUAGGCAUAUACUACAUAAGAUUUCGCAUCCUGCCGGGUAUCCAUUUAGCACCUGCGGGCAACGGUGACAUAUUUUGACAAAACUAACGUACGUAACUGACGGUCAGGCACGGAUGCAUCUUGACAAUACAAACCCUGUCAUCUGGAAGUUAAUUCAAGGCCGUCACAGUACAAACGCCACGAUAAACCUCAAUGCACAGUAAUUUGCCUAUUUUCCAAUCCCUCCGGUCCGGACUUGACUUAGACUCAACUUCUGCAGUGUUACCUGUCGAACUCCCAACAGCGGAGGAACAGUAUCCAGUAGAAAUUUCUCAUACCUGAAAACGAACGAGGUGAGGAACUCGAUAUGGCUUUUGACAUCUGUGUGGUGGGAGCAGGAAUGGUGGGUUCAGCUGCAGCCAAGUGGCUUGCAAUGGAUGGUACGAAAAAAGUUUGCUUGAUCGGACCACAGGAACCAACUGAAGAAGAGGACAGAAAGGGUGAGCGUCAGAUUUUUGGAUGUCAUUAUGAUGAGGGACGUAUUACAAGAGAAAUUGACCCUGAUUAUGUGUGGGGUCUGUUAGCUAAGAGAUCUAUUCAACGAUACAGAGACAUUGAAAAUGAGAGCGGAAUUCAUUUCUACAAUGAAGUUGGAUGUGUCUUCAUUAAUAAGACUGAUUCCCAAGAAUUUGAUGAUUAUCUUGACACUGCAAGGAAGCUAGAGGCAUAUAUUGAAACUUACGAUGCAUCAGAAUUCCAUACCAAGUACCCUUAUCUCAAGAUCAACCCAGACUGCCGAUGCAUCUGGGCUCCCCAGAACACUGGCCAUAUCAGUCCACGGAAGUUGGUGGCUGCCCAGCAGAAGAUAGCCAGGUCACAUGGUUGUGACAUCAUCAAUGAGGUCGUCGUCGAUAUGGAGGAAUCUGAAGACGGAGGUAAAAAUCUUGUCAGGAUCUCAACUGAAAGCGGCAGAGAAGUGCUGACCAGACGAGCUCUCCUCUGCACAGGAUGUUUCAGUAAUUUUCAUCACCUCCUACCAGAUGAGAAGAAGCUGGAUCUGUUGUUGCGCAGAGCUGUUGUGGUGAAAGCAGAGGUCACAAAAGAAGAUGCCGUGAAAAUUGCGGAUAUGCCUACCUUCUGGCUGGGGCAUGAACGUGCCUACAUUUUGCCUCCCAUUCUUUAUCCAGAUGGAAAGUACUACAUCAAGAUUGGAUUGAGUCACUUUUCCUCCGACAUUCUUCAAGGUCUUGACAAAGCCGUCCAGUGGUUUUACAGCAAAGGAAAGGAACACCCUGGUGUAAAAGACACAAUAGAUUCACUUCAAAGAUUCAUGCCAGACCUGAAGCCUGUCUCGCUGAUCACAGAUAGCUGUAUAACAACAUCAACACCAACAAAGCAGCUGUACUGUGACAUGCUUACAGCUCGUACCGGUGUCGUGGUGGGGAUGAAUGGCUGGGGAGCGAAGUCUAGUGAUGAGAUCGGUCGGAUGGGUGCAUCUAUGAUAGGCAAAGGAUCAUGGGACCACGACCUUCCUGCAGACAAUUUUAAGGUUCUGUUUAAGGACAACAAGAAAGAUACCAUUUAAUGUACCAUAGUUUUAAUACUUAACGCUGCUUGUGAGGAGUGGCAUGUAACUGAGGAAUGGAUUUUCUGAUCACUGGUUUUAUUGUCUCACCUGCAUGCAUAGCGGAGUGAGACUAUAGGCGCCGCUUUUCC